UGAGCAGUGUGCAGCCGGAAGACGGCGUGAGGGCGGCCGGCGAGCACGGCGGGCAGAAUGUAGACGAGCACGCAGCCUGUCCGAAGCGCGAGGCCCCGCUCCCUUCCAGGUUCCGGCCCCUGCCGACGUCCGCCAUGGAGACUUCUCGCUCCCCUUCUCCUCAGUUCGCGCCCCAGAAGCUGACCGACAAACCGCCCCUGCUGAUCCAGGACGAGAAUUGCGCAAGGAUCGAGCGGGUGGCGGACGGCAGCGGCACGGUGAAGAGGGUGCCCGUCAAGAUCGUGCACUCGGAGAGCCGGCCCGAGAAGGAGAGCCGCCAGGGCCUGGCCCAUGCCACCGAGCUGCCCGCGCUGCCCAGCGGGCUGGAGAAGGACCAGAUCAAGACACUCCGCACGUCCGAGCAGUCCUACUCGCGCUUCUGCCUCUACAGCCGGGAAGACGCCGAGCCCGAGCCCCCGCGCCCCAGCGCCCCCACGCCCGGCGCCAAGGACGGCGGGGCCUCCCCCUCCGGCCUCAGCUACAUGAGGGCCAAAGAGAGGACAGCCGAGGACCUGAAGUCGGAGGAGCUGGCCCGGGAGAUCGUGGGGAAGGACCGGUCCCUGGCCGAGAUCCUGGACCCCGGUGUGAAGAUGAGGACCACCAUGGACCUCAUGGAGGGCAUCUUCCCCAAAGAUGAGCACCUGCUGGAGGAAGCCCAGCAGCGCCGCAAGCUGCUGCCCAAAGUCCCGUCUCCGAGAGGCGCGGACGAGAAGAGAGAGGAGCCGGGUGCGCCUGCGGCCAUGUCCCUGGCCACCAACUCCACCUACUACAGCACGUCGGCCCCCAAGGCAGAGCUGCUGAUAAAGAUGAAGGACCUGCAGCAGCAGGAGGAGCCGGAAGACGACGCAGGGAGUGACGUGGACCACGACCUGGCCGUGAAGAAGGAGCUCAUCGAGAGCAUCAGUCGCAAGCUGCAGGUGCUGCGGGAGGCCCGGGAGAGCCUGCUGGAGGACAUCCAGGCCAACAAUGCACUUGGGGAUGAGGUGGAGGCCAUUGCCAAAGAUGUCUGCAAACCCAACGAGUUCGACAAGUUCCGGAUGUUCAUCGGGGACCUGGACAAAGUAGUGAACCUUCUGCUGUCGCUGUCCGGCCGCCUGGCCCGUGUGGAAAAUGCCCUCAAUAAUUUGGACGACAGCACUUCUCCUGGUGACCGGCAGUCACUGCUCGAGAAGCAGCGGAUGCUCAUCCAGCAGCACGAGGACGCCAAGGAGCUGAAGGAGAACCUGGACCGCCGGGAGCGCGUCGUGCUCGACAUCCUGGCCAGCUACCUGAGCGAGGAGAGCCUGGCUGACUACGAGCACUUCGUGAAGAUGAAGUCGGCUCUCAUCAUCGAGCAGCGGGAACUGGAGGACAAGAUACACCUGGGGGAGGAGCAGCUGAAGUGCCUGUUCGACAGCCUCCAGCCUGACAGAGCCAAAUAAGGGGAGCCCUCCCUGGCGGAGGACGGAAGCUGGCGCCGGGCGCUCCGUUCCUGAGGAGGCGAGUAGGAACCCCAGCCUCUCUCUGGCUCCUGGAGCACAAAUCCUCCGGUAGCAAAACGGCUGUUAGGAAAGCAAUAACUGUGUGUGUGUUUGCGAUGGUCUAUUUAAUUCUUUGGUUCCCCUUUUGAAUGUGCCGCAGAAUGUCUCCCCGUUAGCCAUCUUUCCUUUGCAAGUCACACUCGUGGCGGCGGGCUCCAACGGAUGGCGUCUUGGUGCAGUCCAGACUGUGGGCUCCUGCCGCGUGGCACAUGCAAGGGGUCGUUUCCACGGGUGGGUCUGCCCUUCCUCCCAUCUUCCUAUCCUGAAGCAGCCGCUCGGGAAGCUGAGCGGGUCCGUAAGGUGCAUGAGGGGAGACCCUGGCGCACGUCUUGUCCUGUGAUUCAUCCAAAGCAUGGGCUGCCACGUGUCCUCCCUGUUCGUCAGGUGGUGUGGACCAUUCAUUGUCCUCCUUCCUUGUCCCCCAGCAAGAACUGUGAUGAUCUGUGAUGGUCAUGCAUUAACAUUUUGGAAAGGUGAAUCAUUUCCAAGUGGUUAAAAACCAACCGUGGAACAAGUCACCAACAUGUUGGAUUCACUCAUUCUGAAAUCGCCACUUAGAGAAAUAGCGUGCAUGCUGUAAAACACAGGCACAGAGCAGAUAGUUUCAGUCCUGGUAUCCCGGUUCCAGGGCUGUUUCCUUGCAAAGAGAAAUUACUCGGUUUAUAGUAUGUCCCGUAGUGUGAUGUGCUUGCUAGACGUCUGUUUCCUGAGACCAGCAGCAGAUUUCUAAAGCUCCUUUUUCCCCAGAAUGCUUACUUUGUGUGCACUGGGUCAUUAACCAUCAUUGGCUUCUUGUCCCCUUUUGCCUCUUCAAAUCCACUACCAUGCCGUGGAAGGGUUCCGUUCCAUUUACGUGUAAAAACCUUUUCUCUGGCCUUUCAGAGGCCGUAUGGACUCUACGAGCCCUAAACCUGACCUUUGGCCACAGAUUCUAUAGGUUCUGUGGCCUUUUCAUUGGUUGAAAUGACAAGAUUCUAACGAGAGUCUGUUCACUCACAAAACACUGUCAUGCUGCCCAUUUCCGGUGGAGAAGUCACAGACUGGGAGAAAAGAUUUGCCGGUCACGUCUGUGACGGAGGAUCUGUAUCUGGACCGUGCAGAGAACUUUCAGAGCUCCACAGCAAGAGAGCACACAGCCCCGUUAGCACGUGGGCAAGAGACAUAACUUGGCGCUCCACUGAACAGGGCACAGGUGUGCAUGGCAAACUGGCACGUGGGACAAUGUCUGCCCGCCAACGGCUUGGUUGUCAUCGGUGUUUUAUCUGUGUCGCUGCAGACCCGCUGUGCUGCUUCCCAGACACUCCUCUGAUUUGGUGCCUGGAAAAUGGCAGGGGAACCCCACGAUGACUUCCUGUCGGGGUGAUAUGCAGAUACUUGUUUGAUAAAGCGAUCAUCUGGAUCCUCGUUUCCCCGUAUUGCUGUGGAAGUUUUCCAACAGGUGGGGGGACAUCCUUUUGUCAGCAGAGUGUUCCCUUCCCGAAACACACGUGCACACGAGUGUCUUAACUGACCGAUGUCUGUACUUCCUGCACCGGGGAGUGAGCUGGACUCCUGAGCCACGGCACGGAUGUCUGUGCGCCCCUGCCCAGAGGGGUCCAAACUGGCAGGCUUCAGUCAUGCAGGCAAUAAACACUCUUCCUGGCAACCCAGCCAUGCCAAAGAGACAAAUGCCUUUUCACAAGUUGUCAUUCCUAUCAAAUUAAGCUACUUCCGACUUGAAGAAUGCCCAUUCUGCCAAUGAAGUGUCCUCCUUGCCUCCUCAUGUAGUCCCUUGCUGUGAAAACUGGUCACUUCAGAAAAGGUGAGGCCGGCUGUCCCCGGACCUCUGUCACUCUCCCCCACGGGGACAACCGCAGUAAUUUGACUGUAUUUUGCUUUUAAUUUACACAAAGCUUUUAUCUGUGAUCCUUUCCCCUCAAACACAGUAUUGUGAACCAUUUUGAUGAUAAAUAUGUAAAAUGUGAAUAAUGGAAUUUAUGUGUCUGUGUCCAGCCUUUUGAGGUCUCUGGAGGACGUUCUCUUCUACGUAGCAAUAUGGAACGCUCCACUGCGCUUUCAGCAAAGCACAUGUCACCUUUACGGUCCUGUGCCCCUCCCGUUGGCCUCUUAGACGUCUGGUUAGCGGGGGCCCAAAGAGUCCAGUGAGUCGGUGGACGUAACUUUGUAAAUACCAUGUUAUUGCAUACAAGAACAGCCUGGUGCUAACGUUCUGCCCUUGGCGUUCGUAGGUGGUGGCUGACUCCUCCCCCCGCCAUAACUCGGCUCUGCGAUGCCCUGUACUUCGGGAUUUCAGUCAGGGCCGCUGCCCGUGGCUUUUAUCCUGCUUCCACUGUGGAAAAUGUGUACGUACUUCAUGCUCGACACUCACCACCUCUCAACACAUCGUCCUGCUUGACUUUAACAAAAUAAAUGGUGUCUUGGAGUGAAUGGA